AAAAAGUAGGUUUAAUUAUUUUAAGAGUAGCUAUGAGAAAUUUUUUUUUGCAUGAUGCUAUAUUUUCAACAGUAAAAACAGUUUAUAAGAUAUUUCCUCCCACCCACAUCUCAAAGAUAAAAUAAUAAUUAGCAUAUAAAUGAUCUUAUCACUGAUGAACAAAAUUAACUAUGUAUAUAGAACAUCCUUUAGAUUAUCAGAACCUAAAUAUUUAAACAUCCUAUUUUUUCCAAAUAAAGUGUUUUAAUGAUAAGAGAAAUAUUUAGUGAUGUUAUGAGAAAGUAAACAUGUAUGUUUGUUCUUAAAUUUAACAAAGAUUUAUUAUGAUAAUGUGAAGCACUCCUUACAUACUGAUUGAAUUUUAAUAUAACAACAAUUGAAUUACUCAACCAUGCAAAGAAGAAUGACUAUUAAUUUUAACCAGUUAUCACUCAAUGCUUUUGUCUAAAGAAUUUUGACUAAACAUCAGUCAGCUUGUUUCAAUAUGUUAUGUUGUCUUCCUGAUUCAUAAUGUUUAGAAACUUUUCAUCAUUUCACUGUGUGACCUACUGAAAGUGCACAUGAGUCACUGCAUGGGAGAUUAUGAACAAAAGUUAAAUAUUAAAAAAAAUAUUAAGUUAAAUAUAUUGCUAAUAUAGUUAGUUUGUCAGAACACAAGAGUUAUAUUAUUUUCUUGUGUUUUUAACACGCAUCAGGUUUCUUUAUAAUGUUAAAAUUUUUUGGUAAACGUCUUUCGCUGACUAAAGAAAGAAAUGUGAAAUGUAUCGUUGUUGGUGAUACUGCUGUUGGAAAGACAAAAUUAAUUGGAUCGUAUAUUUAUAAUAAACCAAAAGUUGAUGUUUGUCAGCUAAAUCAACAUUGUCACAUACCAACUAUAUUUGCUUCUGAUAUAAAGACAACGAAAAAAUUGUUAUUUGAAAAUAUACCUGUUAAUCUUAGCAUUGUUGAUACAUUUGGUGAUCAUGUUAAGGAUAGAGAAUAUUCAUAUAAAGAUGCUGACGUUGCAGUUAUUUGUUUUAGCAUAGGACAGAAAAGUUCUUUAGAAAGUGUUAUUUCAAAGUGGUAUCCAGAAGUAAAGUAUUUUUGCCCUAAAGUCCCUAUAAUUUUAGCUGGGACACAAUAUGAUCGUCGUCACAAUGAUCCUGAAAUUUACAGCCACUGUGUUUCCAAAAUGAAGACAUUGCGUGAAUAUUUGUUAUCAGAACCAACUAAAUCGAUAUUAACUGAAGUCAUUGAUGUUGACUUAUGUCGCUCUAUUGCAGCCAAAAUUAAAUCAGAAAUUUACAUGGAAACAAGCAUAUCAACAAAAUAUGGUGUAGACUCAUUAUUUAGCAAUGCUGCCAAGCUGGCACUGUCACAAAAAAUAAAAACAAAAAUAAAUGUCACUAGAAGAAAUCUUUUGCAAACACCGUACCUACCAACAAAAGAUCCAUGCCCAGUCAUUAAUAUCUCAAAAAUAACACCAGAUGUUGUUAUUUUUUCUAGUUUUUUCACUCCAUAUGAAAGAGACCAAAUGACAGAUGUGGCUUUUAAUGUGAAUGGAGAAAAGGUUUAUGCUCACAGUGUUGUUUUGAUGCUGACAUCAUCACUUUUCUACGAGCUGUUUAAAAUAAUAGAUGAUACAUGUAGAUCCAAGAAACAUAAUUAUAAACAGGAGCUAGAAUAUAAAAAAGCUUUGUUUAAUUUUGAUUUUAGCUGUAACUUGCCACAGGGCUUUGAAGCUAUUAACGUUGGUGAUCAGGUUACUGAAAUUAAAAUAAAAGAGGCAAGCAUCAAAGAAAUGAGGCAAAUAUUAGAAUUUUACUACACAGGAGAAAUUCAAAGUCUUGAUAACUGUCACCGAUUACUAGCAGUUGCUAAUUUUUUUCAGCUAGGCACCAUGUUUCAAUAUGUGCUAGGUAUUGUUACUGGUCAAUUUAUUGACAUGACAGAUGUGCUUUCUGUUAAAGUGCUUCAUACUGGUCAGAAAUUACUCAAUAAUAUUUCAUUUAGUGAUGUAACUUUUAAUAUAAAAGGACAUUUAGUUCCUGUGCAUAAAGUGAUACUGGCACGACGGUCUAAAAUGUUUGGAUCAAUGUUUGAUGGUAAUUUUGUUGAAGGUCGGUUUGAAGAGGUUGAUUUUCAAAACACGAAUCUCGAAAGUUUUUUGGCCAUGUUGGAGUACUUGUACACAGGCGAAUGUCACCAUUAUGGCGACCUGCAUGGAACCCUGCAGUUGGCUAACUUUCUAUGCUUGCCAAGGCUUGUAGCGCUUUGUGAGAAAGAAAUUGUUAAUUACAUCACGGAAAUGCACGAGAACGAAGACAGAGAAGUGUAUUCCGCUGUGUUAGCCACAUACAAAAUUGCACAACUGCACAAAGCACCGCAACUGUCUGCGUGGUGUUUACAUUUCAUGUCCACCAACUAUAACCAGCUGUGCAAAGAAGAACAGAAGCAAGUGAAGCAGCUUGAUGAGUCGACAUUAAAACAUUUAGAAGAACAUCGAUGGCCGCCAGUGUGGUAUUUAAAAGAACAGGAUUACUACGAACGAACCAUAAUGGAAUUGGAACGUGAAGAAAACGAAAAGAAAAAACGUCACCGGAAAUAUACAACUUGUUUUUAAUUUAUUUGUUAUGUGAAAGCUGAAACAAAAGUGAAAGUAAUUUUGUUUAUCAUAAAAAACUAUAUGAAAGUAUAACGUAAAAUAUUUCCUUUUAUUUGAGGAAUUCAUUUUGCAGGUUCUUGGAAAGGAAAGUAAAAACGAGACUUUCACUUCCAACUAUCAUAAAAAAUGGCCUCGCAUCAAUGUUUAAACUAUGUUUUGUUUCGAACCGUGAUAUUCAACGCGGGAUGAAUUUGAUUUAUGAUUUCGCAAGAAAUUUUUUCAAAUUUCAGGCUAAUCCUAAAAAAUAAAUGCCACAUUUAUCCCGCAAAAAAUAGGAAAAUUUGAAACCACCCUGUCUAUAGCAGGUACGGAUGACAAAGGAAAAGAGUCCGCUUUGUACAGGUUUAAGUAUUGUAGUAUUAAAUAUGAUAUUUUUUUUACAACUUACGAUACGAAUAUAUGAGGAGACUAGUUUUGUUUAUGUAGUUAAUGAGCAAAUUUUAUUUAAAAAAAAAACAUGAAAAAUGUAUUUCUCAUGAAAAAAAAGAAAAAAAAUUUUGCCGGUCUAAAAAUCCGCUUUGUAGAGGUUUAACUUGACCCUCCUAAAGAAGCCUUAUCAAUUUUUUGUUUCAUAUCCUUGCAUUAUAAUAUUUAUUCAGAGAUUUUCUUAUUAUAUAGUUUAUAUUUUUAAGUUUGAAUUAUUAGUUUUUAACUUAUUUAAAAUUGAAUCAUAAAAUUUAUAAUGUUGAUGUCAACUAUAGAUUGUGUUGUCGCUUUUAUUCACGUUUAGACAUAUGUCGAAACCACGCAGUAAAUAUAUCUGCUUUUUUUGGGACGUGAGAAAAGCGAAUUUUGUUUAUUCGGAAUGACAGGAAAAGUACUUCUAUACUUUCUACUGUUAUGUUCUAGCAGAACUAUCUACAUACAUAAAGCUACAUGAAAGAUUUCAAAUAUUUAAAGCGUUUAAAUGUAAUCUAAAGUAAACAGUCAUAUUGAUCGGAUAAGUUUUAUUAAAUUUUUCCUCUUUUGACGUUUAUAUUUGCGUUGAUAACAGACUAAUGAUCACAGUUUUCGUCCUGACUAACUCACAUGAUAGGAAUCUUUUUUCUCGCUGUCGUCACCUCUGCUGGUCAGAGAAUGAAUCGACCGGACAUGUGUUUUAAAACAAUUUCAACAUGUGGGUGAUACAGGACGACUUCCGCAUAAUUUUAUUUCUAAGUAACAAAUUUUUAUGUUUAUUUGAAUUUUUCAUGUAACAAUUAAAAAAGUGUCUUGACACUACAAAUUUUUAUUUUGUUGUGGAUUCUUUUAACAGUGUAAAAUUGAUUGUAUAUUAUUGUUGUUUAUAUAGCUCUUUUUAUUUAUUUAUGAAAAAAUUUAAGAAAGACUGUUUUUUGUUUUUGCA